UCACGUAAUAUGAAAUCCGCAUUUAAUGCCGGAAAGCUCCAUCGUUUUCCUAUUAAUUACACUUUAAUCCUCUCCCCAUCUCCUCCGCGGGAUAACCUCUUCGUCAUAAAACAAAAAUAAAAAACGCACUCUACCACUCUACUCUCUCUAUCUCUCUCUCCAGUUGCAGAGCGAAAAUGGCAGAACUCACCCUUAAAAUGCUCCUGCGUUUGGCUCUCUUCAUCUUAAUGCUGAACUUCUCUGUUUCAGAAGCUUCUUCAAGUCCUGAUUUGAAGGCUCUAAUGGCGUUCAAAGCAGGUGCGGACGCGACCAACAAGCUCGCCACCUGGAACGCCACGCGGGACCCGUGCGCGUGGGACGGCGUAUCGUGUCGCCAGAACAGAGUCUCUCGACUCGUCCUCGAAGGCCUCGACCUCGCCGGCGGUUUCCAACCCCUGACGUCUCUGACGCAGCUCCGCGUACUCAGUCUCAAGUGGAACCGUUUCUCCGGUCCCAUUCCCGACCUCUCCAACCUCACCGCGUUGAAGCUCCUUUUUCUGUCCAAAAAUCAGUUUACCGGCGCGUUCCCGGCGUCCAUCUCGGCGCUCUCCAAGCUUUACCGCCUCGAUCUGUCGUACAACAACUUCUCCGGCCAGAUUCCGGCGGCGGUCAACCGGUUGACCCACCUCCUCACUCUCCGGCUCGAGGGGAACCGGUUCGCGGGCUCCAUUUCGGGUCUGAAUCUCCCAAAUCUGCAAGACUUCAACGUCUCCGACAACCUCCUCGCCGGCGAAAUACCCAAAACCCUCUCCGGUUUCCCCGGAUCCGCUUUUUCCGGAAACCCAGUUCUGUGCGGAUCCCCAUUGUCAAAAUGCAGUUUCGGGUCGGCCUACCCGACCCGACCCGGAUCAGACGGAGCCCUAGCCUCGCCGGUCCUGCCUCAUCCCGGCGGAGGUCCGGGGACCGUGGCUUCUUCGCCGACCUCAAUGCCGGCAAACACAAUGUCCGACAAAUCGAGAAACAGUCGGCCAGUCACCGGGAAAAGCAUGAGCCUACUGGCCGUGAUCGCGAUCAUAGUCGGCGACGUCUUGGUACUGGCCAUCGUCUCCGCCCUCAUCUACUGCUACUUCUUCCGGAACUACGCCGGCGGGAGCGGGAGCGGCAGGAAGGCGUCGCGGCUUAUGGAGGGGGAAAAGAUGGUGUACUCGGCGAGUCCGUACCCGGGGCAGGUGGGGUUGGAGAAGGGGCGGAUGGUGUUCUUCGACGGGGAGCGGCGGUUCGAGCUGGAGGAUCUCCUGAGGGCGUCGGCAGAGAUGCUGGGGAAAGGAGGGAUGGGGACGGCGUACAAGGCGGUGCUGGACGACGGGAACGUAGUGGCGGUGAAGCGGCUGAGGGAGGCGCAGGUGGUGGGGAAUAAGCAGCGGGAGAUGGAGCAGCACAUUGAGGUGUUGGGGCGGCUGCGCCACCCUAACGUUGUCAGUCUUAAGGCUUACUAUUUCGCCAGAGAAGAGAAGCUAUUGGUCUACGAUUACAUGCCAAACGCCAGCUUGUUUUGGCUUCUUCACGGGAACAGAGGACCAGGAAGAACUCCCCUGGACUGGACAACGAGACUUAAAAUCGCAGCUGGAGCAGCCCGAGGAUUGGCCUUCAUUCACAACUCCUGCCGCUCCCUCCGCCUCACCCACGGCAACAUCAAAUCCUCCAACGUCCUCCUCGACAAGUCCGCCAACGCCCGCAUCUCCGACUGCGGCCUCUCCGUCUUCGCCCCUCCCGCCCUCCGGUCCAACGGCUACCGCGCCCCCGAGUCGUCCGACGGCCGCAAGUUCACCCAGAAGUCCGACGUCUACUCCUUCGGGGUUCUGCUGCUGGAGCUGCUCACCGGGAAGUGCCCGUCCGCGGCGGAGGCGGGCGGCGGGGCGGUGGACCUGCCCCGGUGGGUGCAGUCGGUGGUGCGGGAGGAGUGGACGGCGGAGGUGUUCGACCUGGAGCUGAUGAGGUACAAGGACAUCGAGGAGGAGAUGGUGGGGCUGCUCCAGGUGGCGAUGACGUGCACCUCCGCUUCUCCCGAUCAACGGCCCAAGAUGAGCCACGUGGUCAAGAUGAUCGAGGACAUUCGCGGGGUCGAGGUUUCGCCGUGUUACGAGACGUUCGACUCGGAGUCGCCCUCCGUUUCAGAAGACGCGGGCGGAGCGAGUCAGUGACUCGGCGGUGCAGCUAACACGAACCGGCUGUUUGUUUUCUCUCGCUCGGGUUUGGUUUUAUUUUAUUUAUUUUCUUGUGUUCAAAGAAUUUUAAUUUUGAUUUUAAAUUUGUAUGCUUGGGAUGUUCAUAUUUAUUUAUUUAUUUAUUUGUAGUGCAGCAAAA